GUAAGACAUCUGUCUGUUCUCAUCUGUCGUGAGUGAGCGGAUGCUUUAGAAGAUGUGGAACAUAUUUAUUGUCACUGUGUUCGGACUGAUGGUUUCCCCGUGUGACAGUCGACCUGAGAGUGGGCUGUUACUGACCUACAAGGACGGGGACGGCACUGCCCGGCUCUACUCGGACGGGAACAGCGUGGUGUACGCCUUCUUUUCGAAAGCCGGUCAUCUCAUUGACUGCGACAUGAGUUCACUCAAUGGCUCUACGAUUCUCUUCAAGAGGCUUUGAGUAACCGUCCAGAAUCUCACCAACUCGUUACUUUUGAUCUGCGCCGCCUGGCAAGACAAUGCCGUCGAUAUAUGCGGAAAAUGCUGAGGCAGAGUGACCAGGACAACGUGGAGCAGGUUCGCAUCACCAAACAGAGAAUCAAGCUUCAUAUGGGGUACCCAGGCACACAGUCGUGUAUGACCACCAGCACACAAACCAACAGAACCAUAAGCAGGGCAGCCAGGAGUGCCGACAGAUGCUGCAAGACACUCCAUAGUUGCAAAGAUGUGAUGCCAGCCACGUCGUCUCACUCAGAGACGUUCAACUACUACCCGUGGCCGGUGUAUGGGUGUUCCUGUACCGACGCUUUCAAUAGCUGCUUGAAGAAGGCAAAAACUCCAGUUGCCCGUGAAGUGGGCAAUCUUUUCUUCAAUGUGUUUGGUGCACGUUGUUUCCGCGUGGAGGAGAAGCGUGAAUGUGAGACGUGGGAUGCAUGGUACACAAAAUGCACCAACUACCAUUUCACACGACAUGCACAUUUAAAAUCUACCAAGUCAUUUGAAGACACUGGCAAUUAACCGCAUGUACACUCUUCAAUGCACCUCCCUGAUGUACAAUAUUUAACAUGUGUGACACAUUCCGUCAGGGAAACAAUCAUUCUCGCACUGAAUGAAACAAAAAGUUGAAUAAAUGUUUUCCAAAAAUGUUC